CCACAGAUUCAACCUCCGUUUCCACUUGCCGCGCUCCGUAGUGAAAAUUGAAAAUUUCGAAAACAAAUUUGGAACAGUCCGCUGCGCGCUAUUUUACAGAGUGGACGUGCGCGGUGCGACGCGCGUUUCGAUAUCUGCGUCCGCGCACCUCGCACUGUGCUAGUGAUUGUGCAUGUGAUGCUCACUGAAUAUUGGACUGAAAGGGAAUAAAAUAUCAUUAAAUAUUAUAUUCAAAUAUGACUGAAAGGACAGAGAAUUGUGUACUGAGUGGAAGCGAAUAGUGUUCUGUACUGUGCUGUGCUGUGAACUUGUGACCAUGUCUGUGUGUACUCUGCUGAUGUUCUGCGUUCUGCCAGCGCUUGUCGGUGGCCGUGCCAGCAUCGACAGCGAGGGUACGGCGUUCGCGCGCCAGCCGGGCGCGGUGAUGGCGCGCGUCGGCGACCCCGUCGUCCUCAACUGCCGAAUACUGCGGCUCGGCGACAGAGUGGUGUCGUGGGUCCGGUCCCGCGAUCUGCAGAUCUUGACGCACGCGGGCGCGGUGUUCACCGCCGACGCGCGGGUCACCGUGACCGAGGCGCCCUGGGAGACUGAUGAUGGACUGGACCCUGAAGAGUGGGGCGGGGUGGUGCACUUGCUGAGGAUCGACAAAGUGCGGCUGAGCGACGCCGGCCGCUACGAGUGUCAGGUCAACACCGAACCCAAACUCAGCGCCUUCUUCAACCUCACUGUUAUAGAGGACGCGUUACCGACGGUAUCCGUCCGCAUGUUGGGGGCGACGGCCGCAGCGGUGGAAGGCGGCGCGGUGCGGCUGACGUGCGAGGCGCGGUACGACGGCGCCGCCGCUGCUGUCGACGCGCUGCCGGCGCUGCGGGUCAGCUGGGACCGGGACGGAGAGGUGCUGGAUCCACAGGGUUCCCGCGGCGGCGUCUCCCUGGACACGGAGCGUUGGCCGGGGCGGACGGUGUCGCGGCUGACGCUGGCACGGGUAAGCAGCGGCGACGCCGGUCGCUACACCUGCCGCGUCGCCGACGUCACCGCCAGCCGCGACGUCAGAGUGACGCCUAUGCAGCCGGAGUACUCCGAUAUUGACGAGGAGCUACUAGAGUCGAUGCAGCGCGACCAGGCAGCAGCGCGGACGGGCGCAGCAGCACGCAGCAUGCCGCCGGCAGCGCUGCUGUCCGCACUGACAGCGCUAGCAGCGGUGUUUCUAACGUGACGAUAACCUCUGUCUGCGACGCGACGCUCGAUGCUGCCUGCGCUCGCAGCGCUGCAAUUUUUCUUUGACAUCAGUUGCUAGUGACGGUUCAACGAUCGUCCUGCCGUCUUUUCUAGCAGCGUUGCGAUCGGUCACAUUGCUGCUAGUUACACCAUAUUUCCCAAGGCCUUAUCACACUGGCGGCAUGCGGGCGGAGCGGUUGCGCAUCUAAUAUCUAGUAAUCUACUAGAUUACUAGAUAUUAGAUGCGUUUCGCAGUGGUCACUAGAUUAAAUCUAGUGACCACUGCGAAAUCGCAUCGCCCGCAAAUCGCCAAAGUGCUAUUGAGGCUUCCACAAUCGCAGCAAUUCUGUAUUCAGCAGAUCGCAGCAUCCGACAAAAGUGCUGUCUUCAUCGGCAGCGUUGCUUGUUACGUGAUUCGCGUCACUGUAAAUACUGUAAAUAGUUAUUUAUAUUGUAAAUAAACACUGAAAUUGCGCCUGGUGUUAUUAUUACCGAGUUUCCGCGUGACACUGCC